ACUAAUUUGAUGAGUUUCGGAACACAAAAUCGUACAUUUUAAGAUAAAUUUUUCGUUAAAUUUUCUUCGUGUGAAUGAAAAGAUCAGACAAGGUCAACGACCAUUCCCGCUUUUUCUUAAACUGACCAAAAUUAUACAAGGCAAACGGGACUGAUAUCCUCAAACAAAGUUCAUUAAAACAGACAUGAACCACUACGGUUGGGUGGGGAUCGCCAAGCGUUGGAAAAAGUCCCUCCAUCUGGAAUCACAGAACAGGAUUUUGUAACAAAUUUCUCGUGUUUUCCUUGGAUGGUUCGAAUCUACGAUUUGCUUCUAACAUUAUCUAAUUAUGGCCCAGUCCAAAAAGAAAGCCGCGAAUUUCGAAAUCAUCAUAAAAAAUCUUCUAGCUGGCGGUGUUGCUGGUAUAUGCUCAAAAACAGUCGUGGCACCAUUGGAUAGAGUGAAAAUUUUGUUGCAAGCACAACAUACACAUUAUAAACAUUUGGGUGUCUUCUCAGGAUUAAGAGAAGUUGUCAGACGUGAAAAUUUCCUUGCUUUAUAUAAAGGCAACUUUGUUCAAAUGAUUAGAACCAUCCCUUAUGCAGCAACACAAUUUACAGCAUUUGAACAAUAUAAAAAGCAUUUAGGAGGACUGUUUGGGCAAGGUUCACAUUUAGAUGGAUUCUUAGCUGGAGCUGCUGGAGGUGUUACAGCAGCAGGAAUUACAUAUCCACUUGACACAAUCAGAGCGCGACUAGCUUUUCAAGUUACCAGUAAUACACUUUAUUCUGGGAUUAGACAUGCUGCUGUUACGAUGUUUAAAGAGGAAGGUGGUCUUCGAGCAUUAUACAGAGGAUUCUGGUCAAAUAUGUUGGGAAUGAUACCAUACGCAGGAUUUUCCUUCUAUACAUUUGAUAAGUUAAAAUAUCUAUGUAUGAAAUCUGCGCCACAUUAUUUUUGUUCUGAGCAUAAGACAAAUACAGGUGGUCUUAUAUUGAAUGUACCAGCGAAACUUCUAUGUGGAGGUGCUGCCGGUGCUGUAGCGCACACUUUCUCUUAUCCAUUAGAUGUUACGAAGAGACGUAUGCAGUUGGCCAUGAUGAAUCCAACUACACAUAAGUACGCGUUGGGAAUGUGGUAUACUAUUAAGAUGAUAUAUAUCGAAGACGGUAUUGUAAAAGGUUUAUAUCGUGGAAUGAGUGUAAAUUUCUUACGAGCAGUACCUUUUGUAGCAGUUGGUUUUGCAACAUACGAAGUGAUGAAGCAAAUGCUCGAUUUAGACACAGGAAUAAGACUCUAAUUUUAGGUAAAAUAUAAAUGGCUAUUUUUGAUACAUUUUAUUUAUAUAUACUCUUAUAAAAAAUUAAAAUAUAAUUUAUAUGGUUCUGGUUGUGAUUAAAAAAUGCAGAAUGAUGAACAAAUGAACUAAUGUACACAAAUGUAUUAGUUCAUAUAACUUGUUUACUUAAGAAUAAGUGAGUUAUAAUGUUAAAACAAUGUAUUAUAUUAUUUUUAUAAAAAUAUUGAAUCUA